AUGCCGAACAGGUUUACCCGCCCAUCAUUCAAUUACUACGAUGGGAAAACUAACCCAGUAGAGCAUGUCAGUCAUUAUAUUCAGAUGAUGUCUCUGCAUACUCAUAACGACGCGCUGAUGUGCAAGGUGUUUCUUUCGAGUCUAGGACCAACUGCUUUGAGGUGGUUUAACGAGUUACAGAAACGAUCCAUACGUAGUUUUUUCGAGCUAAUUCAGGAGUUCAGCGUUCGGCUUGUGACCUAUAGCCGAGUACCUCAGCCAGUAGUUGAGCUUUUGUCCAUGAAAAUGAGGGCGGGAGAGACCCUCAAUAGUUAUGCCAGCCAAUAUUGGGAGCUAUAUAAUGAGAUAAGCGGAGAUAACGAAAGGGUCGCAGCAAGCACUUUUAGGAUGGGGUUGCCUAAGGACUCCGGGCUACGAGAGUCGUUGACUAAGAAGCCUCCCGAAGGCAUGAGGCAGCUUAUGAGACGCAUUGAGGAAUAUAAGCGAUUAGAGGAUGACCGGAUACAAAGUAAAGGCAAAGCACCGAUGAUGAAUCGUCCCCGACAAACUGGUUUUCCGUUCAAAUCCCGGGGGGCCUUGACGAUUCAAGAACUAGCCGCAUAG